GUAAAUUAUGUUUGGAUUACUUGUUACCAAAACAAAGAACGUUUUUAUAAACAUAGCAUAAUUCAUCCUUUUUCCAUUACCUUUUUUUAUCAAUUCCCCUUCGCUCAAGGGGCUCUUUUUGGAUUUAUUACUUUGUCAGUAAUUGGGAAAAAGAAAUAUGAUGGAAACCGUGGAAGUACGAAGUAAGAGUCUAUUGAUUCAAUGGCUAAAUGUGAAACCAAACAGUCUUCUUAGCUGGCAAAUCUACGUGAAACGGAAAAGUAUCAAAUACGAUAUUUACUAUAAACGAACCAAAGAAAAGGGAAGUCCAGAGGAAGACUAUAAGUCGCCGGCCGUUUUGGAUGCCAGGCAACAGCAACAAACCCAUGAAACUGAAAUUCGGAAGCUGAAUGCCGCUGGACUUGAGCUUUUUUAUCACGGCGAAAGGUGCAUGGCUGAAAAGCCCAACGACGGUUCGGUGUUCAUUGAGAAAGGAGGAUUAUUCGCCUUUGUUUUCGACAACACAUUCUCUAAAACUACUCCAAAAAUCAUUACUUUUCUACUGAGCACUCAAUCGUUCUCGGGACCAGUUCAGCGAAACUUAAACAGUAAGAAUGCCCCUAAACAGCUGGUGUCUGGAACCCUUCUCAAAAAGCGACGCAAAAAAGGCCAAGGAUAUGCUCGUCGCUACUUUACUUUGGACAUGCUAGAAGGAACACUUUCAUAUUAUGCCAACCCCCAUUCUUCCAUUAUGCGCGGAAAGCUACCUUUGAGUAUCGCCGUUGUCAGUGUUUCUUCUGAAAGUCAUGAAAUUAAUGUUGAUUCUGGUAUAGAGGUUUGGAACCUUCGCGCUCAUACCCAUCAUGAUUGGCUGCGAUGGUGCAAUGCUUUAGAACGUGCUAAAAACACCCAGGCUUUUUCCAGAUUGACCGUUGGUGAACGAUCCCAGCAGUCAUCAUCGAAACAGCUUGAUUCGAUAUACUCUCGGCUUCGCGAAUGCUUAGAUAUAGCUCAAACCUACCGAAUAGGUCGCUCUCGGUCUGCUAAUAACCUCAACAUUCCCAAUAUCCGUAUUCAACUGCCUGAUGAACAUAUGACAAAUAGUGGAAGUGCAAGAGAAUCUAUCGAUGGUUUGCCCUCUGAAAAUUCUUCAGCCGUGAUUACACUUCGCAAAGUUACUCGCCAGCUUGGCUCUCUAUUGCACGAACUAGAAUGUUUCAUUCAGCAUCACGAGUUUACAAAAGAGCAAACAUCCGUUUCUGCACCUUCCUCCCGUGUAUCCAUGGAUUCUACUGUAUCUCAAUCAUGGUAUGAUGCUGAAGAUGAUCCAACAAUCAGUCAUGUGACAGAUGCUUUGGAAGACCUUGAGCAUUCAGACGGUUUGUUAAGCAGUGAUCGCAAUACCAAAAAUUCUGAUCCUGAUAUUACUUUUGUCGAAGAUUCUCUUCACAGAGCGAGUAGCUAUGAAGAAGAUUCAGUCUCCGAUUCCUCUGUUUCUGACAUUUCUUCUGAAAUUACGGAACCAGAAGAGCCUGCGCAGUCGUCCGCCAGCACUGAUUCCGUUAUAUCAAGCGAUACCACAGAGGAAGUCUCAGAAGAAAGUGAGGUCAAUGGAAUAAAACGUAUUGAAAGCCUCAAAGAUAUUAAGGAACAAAAACCAAUCCCAUUUAAAGAGAAGUCUGAUCAAAAUUCUGCUCUUGGUUCCAUAAACGUGAAGAGUUAUAAUGAUUCUGGCGAACCGAAUAUUUCCAAUGAAGAGACCGAAUUAAUUUCCUCGAAUUCUACUAAAAAUAAAGAUGUAUCUAGCGAUUCCAACCGGCCGGCUAAUGAACUGUAUCCUCUUCCCCACAAAGCUGUUCCUCGAAGACAAAAUAUACCAGCUAUUGUAGAACCUCCUCCUAGUAUUCUUUCAGUCUUGAGAAAGAAUAUUGGAAAAGAUAUUAGCUCUAUUCGUAUUCCCGUUGUUUCCAACGAACCUUGUAGUUUACUUCAAAGAUAUGCAGAAGACUUGGAAUAUUCUGACCUUUUAGACACAGCUAACGAAAGCAAUCCGGAAUUGAAGAUAUUUUAUGUUGCGGCUUUUGCGGUAUCAAAUUUCUCAAACAUGAGGCACAAGGAAAGAAGUGUGCGAAAGGUAUUUAGUCCGUUACUGGGAGAAACGUAUGAGUUGGUUCGUGAAGAUAAGAAUUAUCGAUUUUUAGCAGAAAAAGUCUCUCACCGCCCUUUGGUUGUUGCAUGUCAAGCUGACAGUCCUAAAUGGAAAUGGCAUCACUCUCCAAGACCUAUCCAGAAGUUCUGGGGCAAAUCUAUAGAACUCAAUACUCACGGGGAUGUGAAUAUACAAUUGAACUGUGGGCAUAAGUUUGUCUUUACUAAACCUGCUUGUUUUUUGAAAAAUGUCGCUAUAGGAGAAAAGUACGUCGAACCUUAUGAUCAUAUGGUAGUUACUGACUCUACCACUGGAGACAAAGCUAUCAUUCAGUUUAAGGUCGGAGGAAUGUUUUCUGGACGUUCUGAAGAAGUAUUUGUCAAAGUCAUAAGGUCUGACGGAAGCCAAGAUCCUCGUUGUUUAACAGGCAAAUGGACGACUUCACUAGAGUUGGUGCAUGUUGAAACUAAUCAAGUGGAAAAGACUAUAUGGCAAGUCGGAAGUUUAGUAAAAGACCCUCAUAUGCAUUGCGGUAUGACACUGUUUGCAGCACAAAUGAACGAAAUCACACCCAUUGAAGAUGGCUUGAUUCCUCCUACUGACACCCGUUUACGUCCCGAUCAGAGAUUACGCGAACAAGAUUACUUAGAGGAAGCGGAACCGUUGAAAUUAGAUCUCGAGCAGAAACAGCGAGAGUUACGACAAGAAAUGGAGAAAAACCAAAUUUCUUGGCUUCCCAGAUGGUUUUCCCAAGUGAGGACAAACGAUAAAGUGGAUGAUUCUGACCCACCAUGGCUGAUGAACGAAGAGCCAAACAAUUAUUGGGCCUGUCGACAGGAGAAAAAUUGGUCAAAGUGCCCUCAGUUAUGGUAAAUUGAAAAAGUUUUGUGUAUUCUCAUUUUCAUGUCGUUCUAAUCGCAUGACUUAUCUUUCGUUACUUCUUCCUUUGCAUUGUAUUAAUGGUCAUAUUAAUCCUAAUACUCAUAUUUAAUAUUGAGAUUCUAAUAUACAUAUUUUUUUCAAACUGUA